UUUAGAAAAUUUUUUUUAACAAUAAAUAUCUUGGUUGUGGGACAGUGGCUCUCCAUUCUUUGGUUUUAUCCGACAUUUUUUCGCUUCCUGAAAUCCUGAUUUCCUCUUCAUCUGGUCAUCAAAAUAGUGAAAACGUGGAGUUUAUAAAAUAAAGGGGGGAUUGUUGAUUUUGAAUGGCUCGGUUGAUUCUUCCUUGCAAAAGCUCGUGUUUGGCAAGGACCAGUCUUUUGGGUUUGAUCUCUUCUGCUCCUGUUAAAAGUAGUGUUAGUUCAUUUCAAGGUUCACUGAAGAAUAUCUCUCGGUAUAGGUGUUUUUCUGCUUUAGAGGCUGUCUCUAGAAGGAAUUACAGGUUUCCACAUUCUUCACAUUAUAGGGCAAGGGAAGCCGGCAGAAGGCUGCUUUGUUCGGUUGCAGUAGAACCUUUACCUAAGCAAGUUGAAGAAUCCAAAAUGGAUGCACCUAAAGAAAUCUUUCUGAAGGACUACAAGUCCCCUGAUUACUGCUUUGAUACUGUGGACUUGAAAUUUUCACUGGGUGAGGAGAAAACAAUCGUUGCUUCAAAAAUAACUGUGUUCCCCAGAGUGGAAGGUUCUUCUUCUCCAUUGGUUCUGGAUGGGGUUGAUCUAAAGCUAAUUUCAAUCAAGAUCAAUGGCAAGGAACUGAAGGAGGGAGAUUAUUGCUUAGACUCACGCCAUUUGACACUUCUAUCACCACCAAGCGGCAAAUUUUCUUUGGAAAUCGAUACUGAGAUACAACCUCAGAAGAACACAUCAUUGGAGGGGCUUUACAAGUCAUCGGGGAAUUUCUGUACACAAUGUGAAGCAGAGGGUUUCCGGAAAAUUACUUUUUAUCAAGACCGUCCUGAUAUAAUGGCAAAAUACACAUGCCGUAUUGAAGCUGAUAAGUCAUUGUAUCCAGUAUUGUUAUCUAAUGGAAAUCUCAUAGAGCAGGGAAUCCUUGAGGGUGGUAAGCAUUAUGCUGUAUGGGACGAUCCCUUUAAGAAGCCAUGUUACUUGUUUGCCUUAGUAGCUGGCCAGUUGGAGAGCAGAGAUGAUAUAUUUGUUACCCGCACUGGCCGACAAGUGGCCCUAAGGAUCUGGACCCCAGCACAAGAUGUACCCAAGACUGCACAUGCCAUGUAUUCACUUAAAGCAGCUAUGAAGUGGGAUGAAGAUGUUUUUGGUCUUGAGUAUGAUCUGGAUCUCUUCAAUAUUGUCGCUGUUCCUGAUUUUAACAUGGGAGCCAUGGAAAACAAGAGUCUGAAUAUUUUCAAUUCAAAGCUUGUUUUGGCUUCUCCGGAAACUGCUUCAGAUGCUGAUUAUGCUGCAAUUUUGGGUGUUAUUGGUCACGAGUAUUUUCACAACUGGACUGGCAACAGAGUGACAUGCCGGGACUGGUUUCAGCUAAGCUUGAAGGAGGGUCUUACUGUUUUCCGUGAUCAGGAAUUUUCAUCUGACAUGGGAAGCCGUACGGUGAAGAGGAUUGCUGAUGUUUCAAAGCUUCGAACUUAUCAAUUUCCACAGGAUGCUGGUCCCAUGGCUCAUCCUGUUAGGCCGCAUUCUUACAUUAAGAUGGACAACUUCUACACAGUGACGGUUUAUGAAAAGGGAGCUGAAGUUGUCAGGAUGUACAAAACACUCCUAGGGACUCAAGGGUUCCGAAAGGGCAUGGAUCUUUACUUUAAAAGACAUGACGGGCAAGCAGUAACUUGUGAAAACUUUUUUGCUGCCAUGCGAGAUGCAAAUGAUGCAGAUCUUGCUAACUUCUUGCUUUGGUAUUCACAAGCUGGGACUCCGGUAGUAAAAGUUACUUCAUCCUACAAAGCCGAUGCUCAUACUUUUUCUUUAAAGUUUAGUCAAGAGGCACCCCCAACUCCUGGGCAGCCUGUUAAAGAACCCAUGUACAUUCCUGUGGCUGUUGGUCUGCUGGACUCAAGUGGAAAGGACAUGCCUCUGUCCUCUUUGUAUCACGAUGGUACACUGCAGUCUGUUGCAAGCAACAAUCAGCCAGUCUUCAGUACUGUUCUUCGAGUAACUAAGAAAGAAGAAGAGUUCGUGUUUUCUGAUAUAUUUGAGCGACCAAUUCCAUCACUAUUGCGAGGUUAUAGUGCUCCUAUCCGUCUUGAAUCUGAUCUCUCUGACAGUGAUCUAUUUUUCCUCCUUGCACAUGAUUCGGAUGAGUUCAAUCGUUGGGAGGCUGGGCAGUUGUUGGCAAGGAAGCUCAUGCUCAGUUUAGUUACUGAUUUCCAACAAAACAAACCAUUGGCCUUGAACCCCAAAUUUGUGCAAGGUCUCAGAAGCAUACUCAGUGAUACAAGCUUGGAUAAGGAAUUUAUUGCAAAAGCAAUAACUCUCCCUGGUGAAGGAGAGAUUAUGGAUAUGAUGGAAGUUGCUGAUCCUGAUGCUGUUCAUGCUGUUCGAACCUUCAUUAGAAAAGAGCUUGCCUUACAAUUGAAAUCAGAGUUUCUAAGCACUGUUCAGAACAAUAGAAGCUCAGAAGAGUAUGUAUUUAACCAUCCUAAUAUGGGCCGACGUGCACUUAAGAAUAUUGCUCUUGCAUAUCUUGCAUCCCUUGAAGAUCCAGAGAUAAUGGAGCUUGCACUGCAUGAGUAUAAUACCGCUACAAAUAUGACAGAACAGUUUGCUGCUUUGGCAGCCAUUGCCCAGAAGCCUGGUAAAACUCGUGAUGAUGUUUUGGUCGAUUUCUAUAGCAAGUGGCAGCAUGAUUUCCUGGUUGUAAACAAAUGGUUUGCCCUUCAAGCCAUGUCUGACAUUCCUGGUAAUGUUGCGAAUGUUCGGAACCUCUUAAAUCAUCCAGCGUUUGACCUGCGCAAUCCAAACAAGGUAUACUCACUCAUUGGAGGAUUUUGCGGAUCUCCUGUGAAUUUCCAUGCCAAGGACGGUUCCGGCUACAAGUUCUUGGGUGAAAUAGUAUUACAACUUGACAAGCUAAAUCCUCAGGUGGCCUCCCGCAUGGUGUCAGCCUUCUCAAGAUGGAGGCGUUUUGAUGAAAGCAGGCAAAAACUUGCCAAGGCACAACUGGAGAUGAUCAUGUCUGCCAACGGGUUAUCAGAGAACGUAUUUGAGAUUGCCUCAAAGAGCUUAGCUGCUUAAAUGUGUCAAUUGACUUUUGCUGCUGUCCCAUGUGUCAUAGACACAAAUAAAAUAGCUUUCAAUGGAUUUUAAUUAUGAUAUCACCGAAUGGAGUUUUUUCUGUUAUUCAGUGAUUGGAGUUGGAAAUUGGAUUUAUUAUGUCUUACUCGGAUGAGCUUGGGUUUGAAUAUUUCUGUCCAAGCUGCGAAAUUGUUUCUCUUAAGUUAUAUUUCAUAUUUGACUGUAUAACUCAAUUGUCACCUUGUUAGUGUUAAUAUGACAAGCAACUGGUUCAACUUGGGAUCAGAUCUGACGAAGAAAUUCAGCAAGUGGAUCUACAUCUAAUAUUAA